CAUUGUAUUCAAGGAAAGACGGUAUUUAAUCCUUUAUUAAUUCGUCUUGACUGUGGAUAUACGGCCAGUAAUCCUAGUGGAUGCUGGGAACAUGACGGCUAUGGACCCAUUGCAACAUUCAAGUCUGAUUGGGACAGGUAAAGUAUGCAAAUGUUUUUUACAGUAACAUAUUUGUCCGCAAAAAUUUGUCUGGUGGAAAAGGCCGUUUGCAGAACCUGGUCACAUGACUGCCCAACCCUAAAAUCAAACAGUACUGACAAAUGAUCCAUGAUAUUAAAAAAAUUACAAUAAAACUGGUUAAGAUUUCUAUGACAAUGUUUUAAUUUGCUAAUUUUAUAUGUAUACAAAUACAGUACAUGUAAAACAAAUUUUGUAUUUGCCAAAUUUUCUUUGUUGACCCAUAUAGGCCAACAAAAUUUGUACUUUGCCAAGUAAUACUCCUGGCUUAUUAUUAGCAUGACAAAAUUACUGGAUGCUGAUUGGAGAUUAGGAUUUAGAGAGGUCCCUAGCCCGCACUCAACAAUUUCUGUAAAUAUACUACACAUAAAUUUAUUCUACAUGGGGAAAAUUUUUAAAAUAAAUAAAAAAAAUAUAUUAAAAUAAAUUUCAUCAAUUGUAAGGUCAUGUAACUCGUGUUACACGGUGCAUUUUUUCUUGCAACUUGUAAUGCAAUUCUACUCUUGAGAGAUGUUAAUUAGUGAAAUCAGUGAAGAAUUUUUGAUAUGUUGAGAAUGACAUCAGCGGAGUCACAGAUGAGGUAAGUGUUGGUUUGAAACGCUUACUUAAAAUUAGUUCAUUGUCCUUCAUAAAUAGUUCAUUAUGUUUUAGUUAAUAAUAUAGUUAAUUUGAUUGAUACCAGGACGGAAACGGCUAUACCAUAUGUUCCUAAUAGACUAGAUAGCGUGAGUUAGUAAAGUUGUGAGUUGUGCGUCAGAGUAAGGACGUGUAAUUGCUACAAGCUAUUUAAACUGAAAGGGACAUUUCUACGUAUUUGUACGAAGAACUGCUAUUCAUCGCUACUCGUUUGGUACAAGUGUAAACCAAAGUACGUAAGUUUUACAGUAUUGUAUGUGCUUGUUAGUUUUGUUAGUCAAUGACAUUUGUAUGUUAGUUUUCGCAUGCAUUAAGUAACAUAGUUAAGUAGUUUAUUUUAUUGUCAUGUUUCAGUUCGAACCUACAAUCUAUGCUACAAUCUAUGCUACAAUCUAUUUACGCUACAAUUUGUGCUACAACUUAUCUACAAUUUAUCCUACAAAUCUACGACUGCGCCUAACCUACAAGUCCCACAUCGUGUUUAUUCUACAAUUUGCUACCCGUAUUGAAUUUCUACUUGGCUACAAUACGUUGCGUGACUUGUACAAAGGCCAUUGAUUUUGUUGAAUAUUAAAUUUGUUAACCAAUGUACAUCGAUUUGCUAUUUGUUGAGUUCGAAUAUUCAUUUGUACCUAUUUCAACCAUUCAACCCCCUGUGACUCUUGUAUUUGGCAACCAAGAGUUACAGUAAGUACUUACCUCAUCUGUGGCGGAGCAUAGAGAUUAUAAAUAACACUAAUAAUAAUAGUGUUAUUUAUAAUCUCUAUGUGGCGGAGUGUAAUGAAGACUCGUAUUUGGCAAUUUUACAUCUCUCAAGAGUAGAAUUGCAUUGCAAGUUGCAAGAAAAAUUGCACCGUGUAACAUGGCCUUAAAAAAGAAAAUGGCCCAAAAGUAUUUAAACACAAAUGAAAUUGUCCUAGAGGAACUUAAAGCAAAAGAACUAAAUGAAAAUAUGAACAAAAGCACCAAAUUUUAGUUGAAAGUCUGGCAGGACUGGGCUUUGGCGAGAGAAUAUGAUGUUGACAUUGAGAAUUAUCGAAUUUUGUCAUGCUAAAUAAUAAAGAAGUAAUCAUGCGAUGUUGCUCGUACAAUUAAGGAAUAAUACCCGUCUCGACGACUUGUCCAAUUUUCACAAAAUUUCCAAACAUCGCUUGUACUAUCCUUAAUUGUUCUUGCCAUUGCAUGAUUAUCUAUACUUGUACAACAUUAUACAUUAUAAUUAUAAAUUAUAAACAAAUUUCAUCAAUUUUAUUGCAAUCAUAUUAAUCAUUAUUGGAAACAUUUCCGUAGGUUUGGAGGUACGAAAGUGGAGAGAUUCAGACAUACUAGCUGGGGAGGUGAGGAUUGGGAUUUGGUCGAUAGGAUAUUGUCAGCCGGUUUGGAAAUUGAACGAUUGAAGAUUUUGAACUUCUUUCAUUUCUACCACACGAAGAAAGAGACGUGGAAAGAUUCAGAAUGA